GAUUGUGGGGGUCUCUCAUGUGGAUAUGUUAGAUUUCCCUCCUGUCCGCUGUAUUGUACUGAAUUGUUACAGAUGACAAAUCAGGGGGAAGAUCUGACUGAUAUUAAAGUAGAGGAUGAAGAAGAGAGGAUGAUGGGCGAUCCCCCGUGUAAGAGUGAGGUGGAGGAGGACAUACCAGGAGAUGUCAUCACAGCAGAAAAUCCCAGUACAAAUUCUGAAGGAAAUUUGUUGUCACUAAAUUAUAAAGUAGAAGAUGAAGAUAUGCAGCGCUCUUCAGGAGAAAAUACUAAUGUACAUCCAGGACUUCACAGUACAUAUAAUCUUCCUCAUCAUGAGGAACUUUCUCUUGACCAGAAAGAGGGUGAAAUGUUUCACUGUGGUAAAGAGUUCACAAAAAGAUCAAGUCUUUCUACAUAUAGAAGAAUUUGCACUGGGGAGAAGCCAUAUUCCUGUUCAGAAUGUGGGGAGUGCUUUACAGAUAAAAUACAUCUUGUUAGACAUAAAAAAAGCCACAUAGGAGAGAUGUUUAAGUGUUCAGAAUGUGGGAAAGGUUUUAAAAUCAAAUCAAAUCUUGUUAUACAUCAGAGAAUUCACACAGGAGAGAAGCCAUAUUCAUGUUCAGAAUGUGGGAAAUGUUUUACACACAAAUUAUAUCUUGUUAUGCAUGAGAGAAGUCACACAGGAGAGAAGCCAUAUUCGUGUUCAGAAUGUGGGAAAUGUUUUACACAAAAAUCAAAACUAGUUACACAUCAGAGAAUUCACACAGGAGAGAAGCCAUAUUCAUGUUCAGAAUGUGGGAAAUGUUUUACACAAAAAUCAUAUCUUGUUAUGCAUGAGAGAAUUCACACAGGAGAGAAGCCAUAUUCGUGUUCAGAAUGUGGGAAAAGUUUUACACAAAAAUCAGAUCUUGUUAAGCAUGAGAGAAGUCACACAGGAGAGAAGCCGUUUUCGUGUUCAGAAUGUGGGAAAGGUUUUAAAAUCAAAUCAAAUCUUGUUAUACAUGAGAGAAUUCACACAGGAGAGAAGCCAUAUUCAUGUUCAGAAUGUGGGAAAUGUUUUACAAGGAAAUCAAUUCUAGUUAUACAUGAGAGAAAUCACACAGGAGAGAAGCCAUAUUCAUGUUCAGAAUGUGGGAAAUGUUUUAAAGAUAAAUCAAGUUUUGUUAAGCAUAAGAGAAGUCACACAGGAGAAUAUUCAUGUUCAGAAUGUGGGAAAUGUUUUACACAAAAAUCAAACCUAGUUAUACAUGAGAGAAAUCACACAUGAGAGAAGCAUUAUUCGUGUUCAGAAUGUGGGAAAUGUUUUACACAAAAAUCAAAUCUAGUUAUACAUGAGAGAAAUCACACAGGAGAGAAGCCAUAUUCAUGUUCAGAAUGUGGGAAAUGUUUUAAAGAUAAAUCAAGUUUUGUUAAGCAUAAGAGAAGUCACACAGGAGAAUAUUCAUGUUCAGAAUGUGGGAAAUGUUUUACACAAAAAUCAAACCUAGUUAUACAUGAGAGAAAUCACACAUGAGAGAAGCAUUAUUCGUGUUCAGAAUGUGGGAAAUGUUUUACACAAAAAUCAAAUCUAGUUAUACAGGAGAGAAGCCGUUUUUGUGUUCAGAAUGUGGGAAAGGUUUUAAAAUCAAAUCAAAUCUUGUUAUACAUG